AUGCGCGUCGACGCAGACGGCUACGGCGGCGACGGCUGGUUGAAGUCCCCCGACAAGAUCAUCUCGGCCCAGAGUUGGGCCUGCAGGAAUGGGUACCAGGUGUCUCUCGGGAAGGCCCUCAGCACUGGCGACGGGCCCUUGCAGAGCUCUGGAGGAGUCGGUAUCUUGGUGGCUGGGGAGAUCGCUUCGAGGCCCUUGGAUCUUCCAGGUUUGGGCAGGUUCGACGGGAGGAUCGUAGGUCGGGUCAUCAACGCGGGGUUCGACCAGGGCCUUGAGAUCUACAGUGUCUAUCUCGUCAACGACAUAGGCGUGACGGGCGAGAAUUUAGAGCUUUUGGAAGUUCUGGGAGCGCUUCUUUUAUGCAGUAAGCGUCCGUGGGUCGUGCAAGGUGAUUGGAAUUUCACGCCCGCGGCUCUCCAGCUAUCAGGAGCGCCUCUUUUUCCCCAUUGCCCUGCGCUGCUUCGGUUGGGGAACCUCUGCCAGACGGCGGUGGUCCAGCAGCAGACGCGUUUCAAGCCGUUCAGCACCGCGCUCAUGGGGCCUCUGCCGCAGGAAAGGGACAUCCAAUGGAGCGACCCUCUAAACUCAGAUUUGAACACGCUCGCUCGGGAGUGGUUCGGGGAAGCCGAAGCUCGCCUGGUUGAAAUUCAUGGAAUAAGUGAUCAGAAAGGGUACGUUGGUCGCUCCGCUGGGCCCCAGUCUCGCAAAGUUCCCUUAGUUGCGCUGCUAGAGCGAGAUCACCGCCGGCGAUUUUCGAAGCAGACUGUCUGCUGGAUCUCGUUCGAGGCCCUGCUCAAGAAGGCAAAGGCAAUCAGUGCUGGGAACCCAGGUACCAAGGGAAGAGCUCUUUUGGGAUCCUGGAAGCUUAAGCUGUUCGACAUUUUGGAGGACCUCCAGCUGACGGAAGAUGGGCCCACUAAGGCCCAGUUGCACACCAUUGUUAGGGCGGCAUCGGGAGAAGGUUCCUGGAACGACGACGUCAAUGGGGCCAUCUGCAAAGAGUGCACUCGUCGCCAGAGGCUGGACGCGGCGUCGCAGCUCGCUAAGUGCCACAUAGCGCGGAGCAACCCGAACGAGGUGAAGCUGCUGGUGGCGGACAGGACGGACGUUCUGCACGCUCGCCACGACGGCCAAGUUCACAUUCGGGAACUGGGCCGUGCAGGAGGGCUGAGCCUUGCGGCCACCACGGCCGAGAACACCGACAACUUCCUGGAGGCGCGGUGCUACAAGGUCCUCAUCUCCGACCCGAAAGACGCCACCAUCCCUGACAUCGCGUCCCUGCGCACGGCCGUGGCGCUGGACGCGCUAGACCACAUUGCCGAGGCGGAGCAGCUUCGGGUCGACGAGGAGACGUGCUGCGGCGCGUGGCCGACGCGUGGGCCUUCCUGGAGGCCAUGCUCGCCGCCUGCGAGGGCGGUGGUUCGGGCGCGGGCAGCAGGUGCGCGUGUUGUCCCGACGGCAGAAACAGGCGCCCGCCGAGCGUCCUCGGCGCCUCGGUCAGGGAUCUCGAGCUCGCCGAGAUGGGCGGGGAGGCGGGCGCCUCGCUGCGGGAGCUGCCCGAGUCCCGCUGCCGCUGCCGGAGGACCACUCCGACGCCGUCAGAGCAGCCUUGGUGCCCUACGUGGACAACAUCCGCAUGGCUAUGGAAGCCGCCUGCACCAGCUUCGAAGCCGGGGGCAUGUCCCUCGACGAGCUGCUGUCGCAGGC